AUGAUCAUCAGCGGCCUUGACAUCGUCAGUCGCCAACUCGUCCGCAACCUACGAAAUGCAACCCACCAACAACAACCCUGCGGCGUGGACCUAACACUCCGCCAAAUAUCUCAAUGGACCUCUCCCGCCAUAAUAGACUUUGACAACACAUUCCGCCGCAGCGCCAAAACGUCCAUUUUGACCUUUCAUCCCACAAACAACACAAUUACUCUUCAACCAGGAGCCUAUCUAGUCGAUUUCAACGAGACGGUGAAGAUACCCAGAAAUUGUAUGGGUAGUGUGUUUCCGCGGUCGAGUUUGUGGAGGAGUGGGGUUAGUGUACAAGCUGGGGUUGUGGAUGCUGGGUAUGAGGGUGCCAUGGGUGCGUUGUUGGAGGUGAAGAAUCCAUUUGGGGUUGUACUUCACAAGGAUGCCAAGUUGGCGCAGAUCAUAUUCGAGCAGAUGGAGAAGGAGGUGGAGGGGUACAGUGGUGUUUAUCAGGCUUCGACUAGUAGUGUGGGAGUCGAUGGAGCGAAGAAGGCGUGA